GUGAAGAAGUUGAAGGAAACACUGGUAAUCAUCCAGCAGCUGGACAAAAACAUGAGUAAUCUGCGCACUUGGCUGGCUCGCAUUGAAUCUGAAUUAUCCAAACCUGUGAUUUACAGCAUCUGCGAUGACCAAGAGAUAAACAAGAAACUGGAGGAACAAAAGGACUUGCAAAAGGACAUUGAGCUGCACAGCGCUGGGGUGGCUUCCGUGUUAAAUAUCUGUGAGCGUCUGUUGCAUGAUACAGAUGCUUGUGCCAAUGAAACCGAGUGUGACUCCAUACAGCAGACCACGCGGAGUCUGGAUAAAAACGAUGGAGAAACAUCUGUACAAUGUCUAUGGAGAGACGCCUCCGAAUUGAGGAAACUUGGCGUUUGUGGCAAAAGUUCCUGGAGGAUUACUCUAAAUUUGAUGACUGGCUUAAAGAUGCUGAAGCAAUGGCUGCUUCUCCAGACUCUUCUGAUGUACUGUACACGAAAGCCAAAGAAGAACAAAAGAAGUUUGAGGCCUUUCAGCGGCAGAUUCAUGAGCGUCUUACUCAUUUGGAACUGAUAAACAAGCAGUACAGGAGACUUGCUCGAGAGAAUCGCACUGAUGCAGCCAGCAGAUUGAAGCAGAUGGUACAUGAAGGCAACCAGAGGUGGGACCAGCUCCAGAGAAGAGUGGCUGCCAUUCUGAGGAGGCUGAAGCAUUUUACUAGCCAAAGAGAAGACUUUGAAGGUACCAGAGACUGCAUUCUGGUGUGGCUUACGGAAAUGGACUUACAACUUACUAAUGUGGAGCAUUUCUCAGAAAGCGACAUCGAGGAGAAAAUGCAACAGUUAAUUGGAUUUAAACAAGAAAUUACCUUGAACACCAACAAGAUCGACCAGUUGAUAGUUUUUGGAGAGCAACUAAUCCAGAAAAGCGAGGCUAUGGAUGCCGUGGUUAUUGAGGAUGAGCUGGAAGAGAUUCACAGAUAUUGCCAAGAGGUAUUUGGAAGAGUCUACAGAUUCCAUGAGAGACUGACAUCAAAGGGUUUGAAUUUAGAUGAAGAAAGAGAAACAUCUGAAAAUGAUACAGAUGGAGAAGAUUCAAGAGAAAUCCAGAAUUCUUCCUGGCAUUCCACAAUCCCUGAAGUAGAGACCUCACACCAGUCUCUGUGCCACCUGAUGCCGCCACCGCUCCCACAUGAGAGGUCAGGCCGUGAAACUCCAGUCAGUGUAGACUCCAUUCCUCUAGAGUGGGAUCCAACUGUUGACGUGGGCGGAUCUUCUAUGCACGAGAAUGAGGAGGAGGGUGCCUAUUACAAUUCUUUGUCAGAUGUAGAAAUUGCUGAAAGUCCCGAGGCCUAUGUCAUAAUGACAACAAAAACUGUCCAAGCAUCUUCUGGGAAAUCAGAUUUGGAAACUCCAUCAUGGCAUUCUCCAGACAAGCACAUGGCAGUUGUAAAGCCAGAGUACAAACAAAAUGAGAGUACACAGGGAUUGAUAUCCGCUACAGUAGGAACAAACGUCUUGAUUGCUGUGUCUGCUAGUGAGAAAACCUCCACUUCCACUCCCUCCAGAGAGACCGAUGUGAGAACAUCAGAUACCAUUAAUGAACAGCUCGAUGACCAGGGUCUUAGAGGAAUUUACAGCCCAGAGACACAUUCAGGUGUUAUUGAACGCUGGGAGAUUAUUCAGGCUCAGAGCUUAAGCAAUGAGCUAAGUGCAAAGCAGAAUUUACAGCAGUGGCAACAAAUUAAUUCUGAUUUAGAUAAUAUCUCACUGUGGCUUGAGAAGACUGAAGCCGAGCUUGACAAUGCCAAAAGACUAAAGCCAUCUAAGUCCAUCCAAGAACUGGAGCAGAAAGUAAAGAGAUUUAAGGACACUCUGAAGGCAUUUGAUAAUUAUAAGGCUCUGGUUCUUUCUGCAAACCUGAGCAGUAAAGAGUUCCAGCAAGCAGACGAUGCGGAGAUUGGAGGUCUUCUGAGUAGACUGCAUGAAGUGAACUCCCGCUGGGACCGAGUAUGUCAUAAGAGAGACAAGUGGAGGGAGAGCUUACAGAAUGAUCUCAACCAGUGUGAGGAAUUCCAUGAGACAAGCCACCAACUAUUACUGUGGUUGACUGAGGCAGAAUCUUGUAGAUUGAAAUACCGGGUGGCAGAUCAUAAGGGAGACCCACAUGCACUGGUGGAGUGCCAAAGGCAACUAAUGCAACUGAAAGAGCAGCUGCUGGAGAGACAAAUCCAAGUCAAUUCCCUUCAGGACAUGUCCAGUUGCUUGCUGGAGAGUAAUGCUGGAGGAGGCUAUGUGGAGGCCGAUGAGAGGACGCAUGUCAUUGCAACCAAGAUGAAGCAACUUCUAAAAGCAGUUUCACGGGACUUAAAAACAGCACAGCGAGCUCUGGAUGAUUGUACAUCUGAUGAUGUCGACUCUGUGACAGCUGCAGAUAGCCAGGCUACAGUCGGAGCACUUCAAGAUACUAGAAAACAGGAGCCCACUGCCACAGUCCAGGAAACCUCUAAGAAGCGACCAUUCUUCUACCGUGUGUUACGUGCUGCUCUUCCUCUUCAGCUUCUACUUCUCCUUCUUCUCCUCCUCGCCUGCAUGAUUCCCUUCUCAGAGGAGGAUUACAGCUGUGCUCAAGCUAAUAACUUUGCCCGCUCCUUUUACCCAAUGCUGAGGUAUACCAAUGGACCCCCACCAACCUAA